UCUCCUUGGAGUACAGGUUUUGCUCAAAGUUGGGCCUUCGGAGAACGGUGGACAAGCAUGGCGGUGAGGGAAUUUAUCCCUUUAAAAACCUGAAAGAUCACUGCAUCGGUGCAUGAAUUGAAUCUCAAUUGGCUAACAAGAAUAGACUAAAAUUCAGGGUUUUCAGACAAGAAUAGACUAAAAUUCAGGGUUUUCAGACAAGAAUGGAGGAGAAUAAUACGCUGAAGAGAAUAAGAGAAGAGGAUGAAGAGGAUGAGGAAGAGGAAGAAGAAGACAAUUCUUUAGGUCUGCAAGCAUUCAUGUGCUUCUCGUCACUGCAAACUGUUCUGUCAACGGAACUGUGCAGAGACGUCGGACCCUCGCAAGAAAGUGGUCUGUACACGGAGACGUCGACGCUUAUAUCCGCAGCCUUUUUAAAGCUCGUCCUCAUUGCGGCGGCCUCUUUGUACGGACCUUCUUCUUCUGCCCUUUUUGAGGAAGAGGAGGGGUCUAAAAGGGCGCAGCGCCACUGUUGGAAGCUGCCGCGGGGAGGGACGGAAUGGAACCGUGUCAGUCGCGGUGCUGCCGUCCGCCUCGACUCUGCUGCUCGUGAUGGCAUCUUCCGCCGUAAAUAUAGUAUGUCUUAUGCAUGCUUUAUUUAUGUGGUGGAGGAGCUCAGGCCCUUUAUACAAUCGGAGUGCAGCGUCUUUGCCCGGGCGCCGCACGAGGUGGAGCGUGCUGUGGCGCUGGUCAUCUUUCGGCUUGCUCACGGCCUCAGCGCUAGACAGGUAGCAGAAAAGUAUGACGUGGGAGCUUCUACUGUGGGAAAGUACACGCUUGUUGUUACUUCUGCGCUUGCUGAUGUGAACAAGCUCUACUCCAGGUAUGUGGCCAUUCCAACAGGAGACCGACUGGCGCGGAUCAUAUCGGGAUUUGAACACCUGACUAAUCUUUCCAACUUCUGUGGUGCCCUGGAUGGUACUUACCUUAAGCUCUACUUCAAGCCUGCUCGCCAUUACUACUCUUCCUCUUCCUAUUCUGCCCCUUCAUACAAAUUCCACUCAGUCUUUCUUCAGGCUGUCUGUGACACUGACAGGGUUUUCUGGCAUGUCUCCUGUGGUGGUGGCGAUGGGGAUGGGAGCCUGCAUCAGAAAAUCCGUGAUGGUGUUGCCUUGCAGGAGCCAAUAGUGCCUGUUGGGGGCAUUGGGGUCCCAGUCAAACCCUUUGUUGUUGCCUGGAAGGGUUAUCCUAUUGAAUCGUUCUGUAUGACACCCUUUGGGGCUGGAGAUGGGCUUAGGAGGGCCUUUGAUGAGCAGCUGCUGAAGGGUUUUUUAUGUAUUCAGGAGGCAUUUAAGCUACUGAAGACAAGGUGGAAGAUAUUGAGGUGUAUGAAUGUGCAUUUGAUUCAUGCUUCUCAGCUUGCAGUUGCCUGUUGUGUUCUGCAUAAUAUUUGUCAGCUUUGGGGGGAGCCUGAUCCAGAAGAGUUGCAGGGUGAGAAUUAUAGUGGUGGCAGUAGAUUGAUACCUGCUUUUCAGCGAACUGAUGAGCAGUCUAGGAUUGCAGGUGAAGAAAUCAGGGAAGCUCUUUUCAGGGAUUGGGUAAGGAGAAACUUGGAAGAAUGUUCUCCAAGGUUCCCAGAACAGAAUUGAUUGCCCAUAUUGAAUAUUCAGUUUAUGGAGUUAUCAUUUUGAGAUGUUAAAGGUUAAAAAAUUUUACUGUACGUUUUUUCGCUGCUCCUUGUUCUAUUUAUUUUUUGAAUUUCCAAUUGGAAACACUGAUUAUACAAGCAAGAGAUGAUUUGCUUGCAGUUAAACCGAAAAUGUAAUCAGAAUCUUCAGUAUCCAUUUUCAGAAUUACUUGUAUUUGUAUCAGCACUAAUUUGUCCAGCCUGUUAAACCAAAACAAAUGGCUGGCAACAGGAGUUUUAUAUUCUUGCUGAUUCCUGUUGCAUGUUUCUGUUUAGUCUGUUUCAAGUUUAUCAAAUGCAAGGAUAAACUGCAUGCGCAUAGCAUGCUGUUUUAUAGAGACA